AUAUGUCUAUUCCUUCCUUACUUUGCUCUCUCCAAAUUCUCCUAUUCAUAAUUUUCACAUAUCAAACCAAAGCUGUAUACGACCAAAUUAACUCAUACCACUACUUUUGUGAUCAAAGCAACAACAGAGCUAACUACACAACCAAUAGCACCUAUCACAAAAACCUCAACACACUCUUAACUACUCUCACUUCCAACACAGAUAUCAACUACGGUUUCUAUAAUUUUUCAUUCGGCGAAAGCAGCGACAGAGUCUAUUCAACUGGACUCUGUCGAGGCGAUCUUUUGCCGAAUGAUUGUCGUAGUUGCCUCAGUGGUUCAAGAGAAAAUCUCACACGUAGUUGUCCAAACCAAAGAGAAGCAAUUUUUUGGUCCAAAGACGAAAGAUGUAUGUUGCGUUACUCCGACCAGUUAAUAUUUGGUAUCAUGGAGGAUGUUCCUAAUUUUUCUUCAAAUAACUUGGAUGAUUCCGUUGAUGUUAAUUUGUCUAAUGAAGUUGUUAUGAGUUUGUUGAAUAAUCUAACAAGUAAAGCUGUGAAAGGUGAUUCUAGGAUUAAAUACGCUGCUGGAAGUUUACCCGGUCCUUCUGUCGAGAUUAUAUACGGUUUGGUUCAGUGUGCACCUGAUUUGUCUGAAAAGGAUUGCAAUUCAUGUUUGGUUGAGAAUCUUCAACAAAUUCCAGAUUGUUGUAAAGGUAAGAUUGGUGGAAGGGUUGUUAGGCCUAGUUGUAACAUGAGAUUUGAAACAUCUUAUCUUUUUUAUGAAACUCGAGCAUCACCGCCGCGGUCUCCUCCGACUAACACCACCGGUAGUAACACUAAACCUUUGUUACUGAGAGAUUUGGUUUGUGCAGGUAAAAGCAAAAGGAGUACCAUUGUUGGCAUUGGUGUAGCAAUACCAAUUGGUGUCGUUGUUUUGGUCUUCAUCUUUUUCUGCAUCUGUUUAAAAAUAAGGAAGUCAAAGAAAAAGUUUGAAGACAUUCAAGAAGAAGAAGAUCAGGACGGCAAAAUUGAAGUUUUAGAGCCAUUGCAACUCAACUUCAACACUAUAUGUAAUGCUACAAAUGACUUCUUUGAUUCUAAUAAACUUGGAGAAGGAGGAUUCGGGAUUGUUUACAAAGGUAGACUUUCUAAUGGACAAGAGAUUGCUGUCAAGAGAUUGUCGGGGGAUUCUGGACAAGGGGAUUCAGAGUUUAAGAAUGAGGUAUUUUUAGUGGCUAAACUUCAGCACCGAAAUUUGGUUAGAUUACUUGGCUUCUGUCUACAAGGGAGAGAAAGAAUACUUGUAUAUGAGUUUGUUCAUAACAAAAGUCUUGAUUAUUUCAUUUUUGAUCAAACUAAGAAAGCACAAUUAUAUUGGGAAAUGCGCUACAAAAUCAUUUUAGGCAUUGCUCGAGGCAUUCUUUAUCUUCAUGAAGAUUCUCGACUGCGUAUUAUUCACCGUGAUCUCAAAGCAAGUAAUGUUCUCUUAGAUGAAGAGAUGAAUCCAAAAAUAGCUGAUUUUGGCAUGGCAAGACUAUUUGGUGUAGACCAAACUCAAGCAAACACGAGAAGAAUUGUGGGAACCUAUGGAUACAUGGCCCCUGAGUAUGCAAUGCAUGGACACUUUUCAAUGAAGUCAGAUGUCUUCAGUUUUGGUAUAUUACUUCUUGAAAUUGUAAGUGGUAUAAAAAAUCAUGGCAUUCGUGAUGGGGAGUAUACAGAGUAUCUCUCGAGCUUUGCUUGGAGAAAUUGGAAGGAUGGGACUGCAACAAAUGUCAUUGAUCCCACAUUAAACAAUGAUUCACAAAAUGAAAUAGUGAGAUGUAUCCAUAUUGGAUUACUAUGUGUUCAAGAGAAUAUAUCUAACAGGCCAACGAUGGCUUCUGUCAUAGUAAUGCUUAAUAGUCAUUCUAUUACUCUCCCAGUGCCAUCAGAACCUGCAUUUUAUAUGGAUAGUCGAAACUCUCAAGACAUUAUAUCAUGGGGCCAUAAUUUAGCUCAAGAAUCAAUCAAUGAAGUCUCAAAUACAGAGUUAUAUCCUCGCUAG